AUGUCGAGGUGGAGCCGUCUUCCGGAGGAGAUGAGACUCCAGGUGCUGGAGACUCUGGCACAGGAUCCUCGCCACAACGUCGUCGACAGCACAUACGGCCUGACCAACUACGCCCUUGUCUGCAGGGCAUGGCAGAAAAUCUUUGAAAAGGCCAAUUUCCGGCGCCUAGUUCUCUCCCAAGUCGACCUGGAUGCCCUGGAUAAGAUCCCAAAACGUUGCAAACCCUAUGUUAGACACAUAUGUCUUCGCAUCGAGAUCAAUGAAUACCGCACUUGGGGUAAUUCCGAGCAGGUGAUACGACCGGAACGAAUGGAAGAUAUAGCAGCAAACAACGACAUCAUUGAAUUGGCCGUUGGAAACCUUUUUCGCGUGCUCAAGUCUUGGGAAAAGGAGCUUCAGAAGGUCCGACCGAGCUAUCAAGGCAUGGCUCUGGAGAUGAGCAUCCAUUCACCGAGCGACCCCAAGUACGUCUCCAGAGGAGUCACUGCAACAGGGCUGGAAAAAGGACUGUCCUGGACACACGAGGUCGGCCUCGAAGGGGCUAUUUCCAAGAUAUUUGGUGGAUCUGUUCACAUCCGAUUUUACCAGAACCUUCCCCAGCUGAAUCUGGUAACAAGAUUCAUUAUGAAAAGACACACACGCCGGCGGGUUUCUUCAUUUACGCUGCACCAGAUACUUUCCAAGUUUCCUCAUCUGGAGGAUCUGAUUUUUGAGCCGUGGCAGCAGUCCCUAGAUACGGUGCAGGACCUUGUUGAUGCAGGCUAUGUAAAUCUUAUAAAAGGCUCGCUGCCAAAAGGACUGAAACACGUCACGCUUUUGGAAGAUCGCCAAAAUGGACAGGCGGGACUUUUGACGGCAAUAGAUCCGGCGCAAAGUGCAUCGGCACGAACAGCAAACCCCUUCGUUGGCGCAGCCUUGGCAAAGAGGAGCGUCGACUUUGAGAGUCUUUCGGCGUCAUUUCUCGUCGAAGCGAACGACUUCUUCCGAGCGUAUAAGCGAGAGUGGACUUGGAAGGCCUUGCGAUCCCUGACACUGACAUCGAUGUAUCUGGAUUCUAAGCGAAGCUCUGAGGAGAUCAAUGGCAUGCUCAAGGCCGCUGGCGAUGCAGCACUUGCGAUGCCCAUGCUUCAAAACUUGGAAAUAUGGAACGGUGGCCCGGGGCACGCUGCCAUUUUUGAGUAUCAUGGGCAGCGUGGUGAAGCCUACAUAGCGUGGCACAGCACUUGGAACUUGACCAUUGACUCACACGCCGUCAAGGCCUGGGAAGCCGUGGCCUAUAAGAAUCAUGGUUGCCGGCUUGAUGUACAUGACGAACACGCUCUGAUAGGGUCCGGCGAUGAAUUCCGGCAUUAUCAAGAUGUUAUCCGGCGGCUCCGGACGAGAAGGAAUGUCAUCAGUCGGGAAAGCCUGGGCGAGCUGCGAUUAGAACUCGAAGACGGAUGCAUGUGCUUUCCGUAG